AUGUCCAGCUCUUUCGAGGAGAAAGGCAGCGGCUCCAACAGCCAGGAUCAUGAUUCUGUCUCCGUGUACGAACGACCCAAAGGCUUGCGUGGUGUCUAUUAUCACCCCAUGACACAAACCAUCAUGCUGGGGUUUGUCUGCUUCUUAUGCCCUGGGAUGUUCAACGCCCUCACUGGACUCGGUGGAGGCGGCCAAGUCAACGCAACGACCUCGGCAAAUGCGAAUAGUGCGCUGUACGCGACAUAUGCGGUCUCAGCGUUCUUCUCCGGAACCGUCUGCAACAAGAUCGGUGCUAAGCUCACUUUGCUCUUUGGAACAAUGGGCUAUGCGCUCUAUGUCAGUUCUUAUCUGCAAGCCGGCCUACUCUCACCUUAUAUGUCACUCAGGGCGAUUAAUCUACACCCUGGCGCCAGCUGGUUUGUCGUUACUUCGGGUGCCCUUCUUGGUGUCACCGCCGGAUUCCUGUGGACCGCUGAAGGCUCGUUGAUGCUAAGCUACUGUACCGAAGCACAGAAGGGCAUCUAUAUUAGUAUCUUUUGGGCCAUUUUCAACUUGGGAGCAGUUGUAGGAGCUUCCGUGUCCUUCGGGCAGAAUUUCAACUCAACGGUAAUCGGUACCGGUACAUACGUCGGGAUCCUGGUUCUUACCCUGGUCGGCGUCACGAUCCCUAUGCUGAUGGCCGAUCCUGACAAGAUGAUUCGCACGGACGGAACGAGGGUCGUGAUGCCUCGUCAUCCGUCAUGGAAGUCCGAAUUCUAUGCCUUGUGGGUUGCAAUCUUCACAGACCCCACGAUCCUCCUCCUUUUCCCGUUGUUCUGUGCAAGCGCUUACUUUUACACCUGGCAGUUCAACGACUACAACGCAGCGCUGUUUAACAUCCGCGCGAGAUCGCUCAACAAUUUUGUGCACUGGCUUUCGCAGAUCUUUGGGAGUGUGAUGCUCGGACUUGUCUUGGAUUCUAAGUGGUCGCGGAGGCGCGGGCGCGCUUUUGCGGGAUGGUCUAUUCUCCUGGUUAUUACAUUCGUCGUGCACAUCUGGGCGUAUUAUUACCAAAGGACGUACACCCGCGCUUCCGUCCCGGUGCAGAAGAUGGACAUUUACGACCCGCAGUACCCAGCGCAUGUCUGGCUCAUGAUAUUCUACGGCCUGCUGGACGCGAUGUGGCAUGUGAUGUGUUUCUGGUUGAUCGGCGCCAUGAGCAAUGAUACGAAUAAGCUGGCAAUUUACUCAGGCUUUUUCCAUUCCAUCCAGGCCGCCGGAUCUGCUGUCGGGUGGCGUUUGGACGGAUUAAAGCUUCCCUAUAUGACCAUCUUCAUCUCGACAUGGUGUCUCGUCGGCGCGGGUCUGCUGUUCUCCUUCCCCAUGAUCUACCUGCGCGUCAAAGAUACGACUGUUAUCGAGGAUGAGGGCUUGUGCGUGUCCCUUCUUAUUUCGUGUGUUUAUACGUUGUUGUUAAGCCUUUUUUUUCAUAUAUAG